AUGUUUGUUGUUUUUCCCUUGCGUUGCGUGUCUGCCACUUGAACCAUCCAGAAUGACCUACCACUCUUUUGUGAUGUUGUGAGCAACCAACCCCACAGGAUUUGGAUCUUCUGAAGCCAAUUGGCAAUCAGAUAUCAAAUUAUCAAUAAAAAGGUUUUCUAAUUUCUGUACCGACCAAAAAAUGAAGAGAAGAAGAAGAAGAAGAAUGGUUAGAUUUCCAUCUUCCUCCGCCUUCCUUAAUCCUUAGCACCAUCAUCAUCGUCAUCUUUGUCUCUCCGCUUCUGUCCGAAUUAUAUGGGACAUCAAUAAUUUGUCGGACAUGGAAGUUCUGAGCUGAACAAUCAUCUUUGGGUGAUUAAAUAUUUCGCCGUUCGAUAUUGGGGAAUUUGCUUUCUGUGGUUGGUUGAUUCGUCGAUCGUGGACAACCGGUUUGUUGGGUUUCCCUGGAUUUUGUUCUUGAGUCUGUAAAUUCUAAGCAGGAAACUAAAACUUCGUAUCAAAUAAUUGUUAGUUUUAUGUUAUUUCGUUACAGAAACUGUGUUCGAAGAACCUAGUUUGUUGGUAUCUGUGCUAUUUGAAUGGCUUCCGUGUCAGUCAGGGUGUUUGGAUGAACUGCUUGCAUUUUCUUUUCAAUUCAUCAAAAAACGGGAGAGCGCACAUGUGGUGCAAAUCUAUUUUAAAGAGGGAAAUUUGUGAGUUUUGAUGGAUUUUCUGCCGGACCAGUUAUUAUGGGAGAUCUUGAGCAGGAUUAAGAAAACCACUGACCGAAACUCUGUUUCUUUGGCAUGUAAGCGCCUGCACGGAUUGGAUAAUGAACAGAGACAAUCUCUUCGGGUUGGUUGUGGAUUAGACCCUGCAAAUGAAGCUUUGACAUCUCUCUGCAGUAGGUUUGCUAACUUGACAAGGGUCGAGAUAACUUAUGCCGGUUGGAUGUCCAAACUAGGAAAGCAGUUGGAUGACCAAGGGCUUCUUAUUCUUUCCAACUACUGUCCUUCUCUGGUGGAUCUCACAUUAAGCUACUGCACAUUCAUCACGGAUGUGGGUAUCCGUCACUUGUCUUCUUGCUCAAAACUUUCAGCUUUGAAGUUGAAUUUCAACGCAAGGAUAACUGGAUGUGGCAUAUUAUCUGUUGUUGUGGGCUGCAAGAACCUCACUACCCUCCAUCUUAUCCGAUGCUUAAAUAUUAGCAGUUUUGAGUGGCUUGAAUAUCUUGGAAAGCUUGAAACUCUCGAAGAUCUCUCAAUUAAGAAUUGCAGAGCUAUUGGGGAGGGUGAUUUGAUUAAGCUAGGUUCCAGUUGGAAAAAAUUAAAAUGCUUGCAAUUUGAGGUUGAUGUUAAUUACAGAUAUAUGAAAGUUUAUGAUCGUUUAGCUGUGGAUCGAUGGCAAAAGCAGUGGGUCCCAUGUGAUAAUAUGGUGGAACUUAGCUUGGUAAAUUGCAUCAUCAGCCCGGGGCGGGGGCUUGCUUGUGUACUGGGGAAGUGCAAGAAUUUGGAGAAGAUUCACUUGGACAUGUGUGUUGGGGUAAGGGACUGUGACAUCAUAGGCUUAGCCCAAAAGUCAAAAAAUCUUCGGUCCAUUUUCCUUCGCGUUCCGUCAGAUUUCUCACUUCCUCUUUUGAUGAAUAACCCAUUGAGAUUAACUGAUGAAUGUCUAAAAGCCGUGGCGCAGAACUGUUCGAUGCUUGAAUCUGUCAGGAUAUCUUACUCCGACGGGGAGUUCCCUUCUUUUUCCUCAUUUACAUUAGAUGGAAUCCUCAAUUUGAUUCAGAAGUGCCCUGUGCGGGAACUUGCUUUUGACCAAGUGUAUUCCUUUAAUGAUGUUGGUAUGGAAGCUCUUUGCUUGGCUCUGCAUCUGGAGACCUUGGAGCUAAUCAGAUGCCAAGAGAUAAGCGAUGAGGGGCUGCAGCUCGUGGGCCAGUUUCCCCGGUUGUCCAUUUUGCGUUUAAUCAAGUGUUUAGGGGUUUCUGAUGAUGGGUUGAAGCCGCUUGCAGGGUCAUACAAAUUGGAAUUGUUAGCUGUGGAAGAUUGUCCUCAAAUUUCUGAAAGAGGAGUUCUUGGAGCUGCGAAGUCCGUAUCUUUCAGACAAGACUUGUCAUGGAUGUAUUGAGCUUGUUACCACCUGACCGGAUCAGAUUUGCCUUAAGUAUCAAGGUCGGUAUCGGCAGUGUGGUUUCUGCAACCAUUAAUAUAUCCAGAUUCCAGAAUGCAGAUGUAAUAUUGAUAUAUUUAUAUGGCUUAUUACUGUAAAGUGUUCAAUUGUGAAUGUUACGUUUGUAAUGAAUUGUUGGCAUAAAUUAUUGCUCUGAAUCUCUGAUGUAUUUGCCUUCACUGAUAGCCAAGUUAUGAAAUUUCAGUUGUGAGAUGCA